AUGGCACUCAAUAUUCCAGGUCUGAUCGUCACAAUCAUUUUCUAUGUUGUGGUCCUGUGCAUUGGGAUAUGGGCUUCCAGAAGAUCAAAAGCAAAGAGGACCACUGGGACAGUGACAGAAGUGGCUCUGUUAGGGGACCGCUCCAUAAAUUUGGCUGUGGGGAUUUUCACUAUGACUGCCACCUGGAUUGGAGGUGGAUUUAUUCUUGGUGUGGCAGAAGCUGUCUACAGCCCAAAAAAGGGUCUUGUCUGGGCAUUGAUUCCACUAUAUUCUUCAGUGUCAUUGAUAUUGGGUGGUUUAAUCUUUGCUAAACCAAUGAGGGAGAAGAAGUAUGUUACCAUGAUGGAUCCAUUUCAGAUCAAAUAUGGCAAAGCUAUGACUGGUCUUCUGGUCAUCCCUGCCAUCAUUGGAGAUGUGUUGUGGAUAGCAUGUACCCUCAUGGCUCUCGGGGUAAAUGUCAGCGUAAUCCUUGAUCUGCCGUAUGUCUACGCCGUGGUGAUAUCCGCAGCUGUAGCGAUCAUCUACACUCUCCUUGGGGGGUUGUACUCUGUGGCAUACACUGAUAUCAUCCAGUUGAUCCUCAUGUUCGUAGCUUUGGUGAGUUUUAGCCAGUGUAUAACAAUAUGGCUCUGUGUGCCGUUCAUCCUUUUGAAUCCCAUCCCCCUUGACAUCAGCAUCACAGCCUUCAAUUAUACCUAUCAGCCACCGUGGCUUGGUCAGCUAAAGACAUUGGACAUCUGGAGAUGGCUGGAUGAAGCUUGUGCACUGAGCAUAGGAGACCUAGGUUUCCAGAGUUUUCACCAGAGGACCCUGUCCUCUGCCUCUGCAGCCAAAGCACAGAUCGCAUGUUUUGCUGCAGCGGUGUUGGUCCUCAUCCUGGGCAUUCCAUCUGUACUGAUAGGAGCAGUGGCUGCAUCUACAGACUGGAAUCAGACUGAUUAUGGCACCCCUUCUCCAUACGAGCGCGGAGAGGCAUAUAGUAUCCUGCCCAUUUGUUUGCAGUACCUUUCUCCCUCCUAUGUCUCCAUAUUAGGGAUCGGAGCAGUGGCAGCAGGAGUUAUGUCCUCCACAGAUUCUAUCCUCCUCUCCAGUACAUCCAUGUUCUCCACUAACAUCUACAAGAACAUCAGAGAACAGGCAUCGGAGAGGGAGCUACAGUUGGUGAUCCGAAUAACUAUUGUGGUGACUGGUGUGGCAGGCACAGCUUUAGCUUUCUUUAAAAACAGCAUUUUGGUACUUUGGGUCCUUGCAGCUGAUCUGGGGUACUGCGUCAUCCUCCCUCAGCUGAUUUGUGUCCUCUUCUGUCCUGUCUCCAAUGUUUACGGGGCAGGUGUGGGGUACUUCAUGGGCAUAUUGCUGAGGUUGUUGAGUGGGGAGCCUCUGAUAGGCCUUCCGCCAGUAAUCCAUUUUCCAGGUGGUGAAAUAACCGAUGGUGUGUACAUCCAGCAAGCACCUAUCCGAUCAAUAGCUAUGCUCUUCACACUCCUCUGCAUCCUUUUGUUCUCUUACCUCUUCACUCAACUAUUCCGCCGUGGCAUACUGCCCAAAACGUGGGAUGUUCUUGGGGUCAACAAGGUCAUGACGCCAGGGCUGGAUCAAACAGGAAGCAAUGCUGAAGGAGAGAGACUGAUGAUGACGUCACCAUCUGGCUCCAGCACUGUGAAGAGGAGCAACUUGGAGGUGGAAGACAAGGCAAAGCUCUAGGGAUCUGACUUGCUUGAGCCCAGACGGAAGAGU